ACAUGAGUGAACAUCACCUGUUACAGCUCAGACAGGAUCAUGUGAUCAAAGCUCUGCCUUCUACUAUGGAGGGAUGGAGGACGACCUGAAGAAGUGGCCUCGGAUCACCUACACUAGCAGAUUUAGCUACGUUAUUGACUCCGUUGCUGCAGACGGUGAAGAGAUGAACAAUCUGAACGAACAGUCCUGGCACCAUGGAGAAAAAGCCCGGCGGAGCUCCAUGCCCUCAGAUUGUUACACGCAGCCGAGGGAGAGUGAAGGAGGAGAACGAUGGUGAUUCCACGGACGGAUAUUUACAUCGCUUCCCAGUCAAAUCCAGUUCUACUGAGCCCAAUGAAUACACAAUUGACUGUGAUCAACCUCGCACGGUGCUGGAGGCAAUCAAAUCAACUGAAAAAUAUAAGGAGAAGAUGAAGUCUUCAGAUAAAAACAUUGUGAUUCAGCUGGGUAAAACGGAUAAGACGUAUAUCAUUGCAACACAUUUCCCUUGUUCUUGUAUCAGGAGAGGUGCGUCUCUGAUCUUAUCACAUAAAUCAAAAGAGGUUGAGGCAGUUCAAGACCAACAAGACAAAACAAUACAACCAAGAGACGAGUAUUCUGUCUUCUACAUUGAAACAGCCAAAACAAAGAAGCCCUUUAGAAACAAUGCUGUCAAGAAGUUCGAUUAUCUGUGUGUUUAUGGGGAGAAGGGGAUGACUGUAGAGGAGGCUCUGAAAAGAGACGGUCGCUUCAUCGAUGAUUUUGGCAGCUUUUAUCUGUCUGACAAUGAGAAUCCAAGCAGCCGCACUAAACGCACACAAACGGUUGACAACCUGGAUAAAAAAAAAUUCAAGAUAUGUCUUCCACGGGGCAAGGGAAAAAAGGAUAAAAAACAGCAGGAAAAGCCAGGUGCAUCAAAAAAUCCACCACAGAAGCGUGAGCGUGGCAUAAAGCCACUCGACGACGUAGUAAAGCAGAGAGGAAUCAGUGUCAGAGCAGCAAUGAAAGAGAAAGACAGCAAACUCAGUGAUGAGGAGAUUUAUGAAGAACUGCGUCAGCAGUUUCCAAAGCUGAAAGAAUGGAUGGAGAGUAGAUUCCCUCCUGAUUCUUAUCAGAAAGCUCUGGACCUGAAGAAGGAAGACUUUGAAAACAUCCAGCGAUUGUUCAGUGAAGUUCACAGGGAGAUGAUGAAAUUGGGCGAGUCAGUUUGCAAAGUGGUUGUUCAGAAUGGAGCUACAGGAACGGGCUUUGUGCUGUUUGACAACUUCAUCUUGACUAACGCACGCAUAUUGAAAGGUUGUGUUGAAGAUGAAAAGCUGAAGCUGGGUAUAGAUGUGUAUGCUUUAUUUAACUAUAACGACCCUGAGCCGCACAUGAAUUACUACUGCUUCCAAGCUCACCGUGGGAUCUGCUACAGUGAGGGUGAGCUUGAUUAUGCCAUACUACGGCUCAACCUUGAGAGCCAGAACCCAUCAACACAAACAAAAGAAACGAAAGUAGACCUACCACCAGGGCUCCUGAAGAGAUUUGGUAAACUACCUACGACUGGUGAAGCCUGUCUUAUUGGUCACCCAGCAGGAGAACUGAAAAAAAUAGAUCCUACAUGUAUCAUUGAGAAAGAGAAUAGGGAGCAGACUGUCGAUGAUGAUAUUCCUUCAUACAAAGACAAACGUUUCGUUAUCCACAUAAUCAAUGACCUUAAAGAGCAAGGCAUUGAAAGCAUAAUGAUGGGUCAAAAUAAAGCAGACAAUGUAACGACCUACAACACUUUCAUGUACCACGGUGCUUCUGGCUCUCCAGUGUUUGAUGAACAUGGCAAUGUGUUUGGUUUGCACACCGGAGGAUUUGUCUACGGGUUCCCAUCCGACACAAAGAGCGUGAUAGAGUACGCCCAACCUGUGCUUACCAUAUUUGAACACUUUGUGAGAAUGAUGAAGGAAAGAGAAAAUGGGCAGAGUCUGUUGAAGAGAGUUGGAGAGGAAGCAAAAGGAAACUCAGAACUAGAAAAGGUCUUGGAGUCUGUGUUGAAGGAAACACUACACUACUCUCGCUACUCUGCUGGAAUCACCCACUCAUUCAACUUUGCCCUCAUCAACACCCAGUCACUCAACAACAAAGCCCUCGAAGUCCGUGAUCUCAUCCUGGACAAUUCACUCGACUUCCUCCUGCUCACUGAAACCUGGCAAAAACCUGAUGACGUCUCCGCCAUCAUCCAAGCAUCCCCCCCCAACUUUGACUACCUCUGUAAACCCCGCCUCUUCCGGCGUGGAGGGGGCCUCGCAGUAUUAUUCAACCGGAACCUCAGGACCACCGAACUCACUUUACCUACAGUCACCUCAUUCGAAUCCCUCGCCUUUGAAACCUGCUCCACCACAGUCAUUCUCAUUUACUGCCCAAAUAAACAAAACUCAUCCUACCGCUCCGAUCUGUCUAAACUCCUCACCCUAGCAUCAUCCCUCCCCUUACCCCUACUGCUACUGGGCGACUUCAACAUCCACAUGGACUCCCCCAACUCUAAACUUACCUCUGAUUUCUCCACUCUACUGGACAACUUCAACCUCACCCAGCACGUCAACUUCCCCACACACGAUUACGGCCAUAGUCUAGAUCUCGUCUGCUCUGACAACGUCCCGGUUCUCAACAUCCACCCAUCCCCCUUUCCCUCUGAUCACAAACUCAUCCAAUUCACAAUCCUUUCCCCGAAACCCCGUCCUCAACUCUCCAGAGUCAUCGAUCCCCUCGAUCUCUCCGACCUGUCUGCCUCCCUCAACUCACUGGCCCCCCUGAGAACCAAAACUGUUUCAUUCAACACCUCCUCCCCCUUGGUUCACAUCCCACCUCAGAAAACUCAAACAGACCGGCCGCCAACUUGAACGCCUCUGGAGAAAAUCAUCACUCCCUGUUCACCUCGAAGCCUACAAAUCUCACCUCAUCACCUACAAAGACACCAUCACUGCUGCCAAAUCUGACUACUUCUCCACCAUCAUCAAUGACCCCACCCGUAACCCCCGAACCCUCUUCUCCACUGUCAACACUCUCCUCAAGCCUCGUGCCAACACCCUCUCUGACCCCUCACCCAAUCUUUGUAACUCAACCCCAACAGUCCCUCAGAUCCACCUCAGCUGGUCUACUCUCCACCCCCAAGUCCAACCUAUGCAGCUUUGGGGACAGAGCAUUCUCCAGGGCAGCUCCCAAGCUUUGGAACUCACUCCCAAAACUCAUCAGAGACUCCGAUUCCCUCACCAUAUUCCAGUCCCGCCUCAAAACACAUCUUUUCUCCUCUGCCUACUUGUAGCCUCCCCCUCCCCCUUACCCAUUUGUCCAUGUGUAUGUAUCUGUAUGUCGCCUGUGUUUGUCGUUUGUCUCCUGUUUGUCUCACACCGUUUUCCCCCUCGAUAGUGUAAAGCGUCUUUGAGAUCUUUAAAAGCGCUAUAUAAGUUAAAUUUAUUAUUAUUAUUAUUAUUAUUAUUAAGGCAAAGCUGACAGACUCUGAUGAGCACUCAGACUCUGGUGAGUCAAUGAAUGCUGAUUAAGGGCGUUUUAUUAGGCAUGAUUGAUCCGUACCAUGCCAGAGUACGAUUGCCCCCCUCCCCAGUCCUCCGCCGCUCAGCUUUCACAUGAGUAAAGUUGGUCCAUACCCGAGUACACUUGUGUCAUCAUCCACGUGUAUUUAUGUUGAGAUCAGCUGUUCUAGUGGCGGAGCGUCGUAAAAACUCUUCAUUCAAACAAAAUAAAACUCACCGAAACCGUCGUCGUUACUUUUUCCAACAACAAUUACAAAACUCAAAACUACUCCCUGAAUGCUAACGUUUCUCGCGUUAAACAACGGUCCACUUUAGUGUUUUGGUACUGCUGAAAGAAUAGGAGAAAGUGUGCAACUCGAUGUGGCCUAAUUGAUAUAAUUGAAUGGGGUUAUUGAUUAAACAAAAAUGCCUAAAAAGACCAAAAACUAAUAAAGUAACUAAGGAGGAAAGAUCUCCAAAAAGAAAAGUGCACUGGCAGGGAGCUGUCAGAAGAAAACUAAGACAACUUGUUUCUUUAAACUGUCAUGUAUGAAUUCAUUGCAGCAAUCAUGAUAGUAUCAUUCAUAUCAUAUAUUCUCUUUGUGACUUUUAACCACCUAUUGGUGUAAUCAUUUAACCAUGUAAUCAUUUAAUCAUGUAAUCAUUUAAUCAUGUAAUCAUUUAAUCAUUGUAUUUCAUUUACAUUUGUAUUUCAAUUCAUUUAGAUCAUUCAUCAUUUAUAAUUGAAUUACUUAACUUUUGUUACCUUAUCCUUGGUUCAUUAUAUUUUACAGUGUGAUGUUUGUGUUGUGAAAGAACGAAUAAGAGGCGUCUUGCCUAAAAAAUGAGAGUUAAAGAACAGAAUGUUCACUUUAAGGGUGUUCAAGAUGUUAGAAGAGAUUUGACAUGAGAAAAGAAGGUUUUACCUUCAUUUUUACCUGUGUGUUUUUUACUUUGUGUUAUCUUAUUCAUGUAAUCCCAUGUACCAAGCAUGUAAUCAGCUUUGUGUUCUCAUUGCUAUGAAGAGGAAUGUUUGUAGGCAGGUUGGUGUGCUGUGCAAAGACAAUGUGUACUGUAAUUACAACCAUCUACUGUUGACUUGCCUGUGACUUUACCUUAUUAGCAUUCUCCUUUUAUUAUAUUAAAAUUGUUCUCUUCAAAAA